GCGUUACUCGAGCAGCGUCUGAGCAAAAUAUAAGCUCACAGUACGCCUGGGUGCCUUUUGGAAACGUCGACGGUGACAGUAUUCACAGACGUGCUUAGCAUGAUGCGCUUCGCAGUAAUUGCAGCAUGCUCGCUCCUCGUUCUCACUACAAUGGGUCAUACACACGAAGAGAAGGACCUGAUAUGUAAUGACAGCUUUGUCCCGGCAACGUCAGUCUGCGACGGUACAUUAGACUGCUCAGAGCUGGAUGACAUCAGCAAUGACGAAAGCCCACAUAUUUGUGCUCCACUGCCUUACCUGGAGUGGGAAGCCUCACUGGCAGUUCAUAACGUCACAAGCACAUCUGUUCAACUCUCUUGGACAAUGACGACUGCGAAUGACUCCGAAGAUUCACUGCUGCUGGCCGGCUACUUCCUGACGGGGAAAUCGGAAGGACGCUCAUUUCAGAAUACUAUAUCUGGGCGGCUGCUUUCCCACCCAAUUCAAUGGCUGAAGCCAUGGACAGACUACACUUUUAUAUUGAGGCCUUUCUAUACUGAGACCGGAAGGCCGCAUCGACAGUACAAGGUUGGCAAAGCAGCUUCAGCACAAAUCCGAACACUUUCCUCCGUGCCGGAAGUACCCAGCUUGGUGUCCGUGGUUUCGGCCCAGCCGCGCAACGUGGUGCUCAGCAUCGUCGGCCCGUCAGCCUGGAACUGUGCCCCAGUCGGGUUCAACUUGCAGUGGGAGGCCACCAGCGAGAGUCGGGGGCCACGAGGUUCAAUGGAAGCGCCGCUAACUGAAGACUGGUCACCCGAGGAGAACACGUUUAAUGUGACGCUCCCUCUGCGAGGAGGCACAGACUACCGGAUAAGCGUGCGCGCUACCGGUACGAACAGCCAUGGCGACAAAGUCUGGGGACCUGACCUGGAGAUUGAAGUCAGCGUAACACUUGGUUCCUACGACAUAUGGGCUCACCCAGUCGGGUCUUCCAAGGCAGUAAUUUCAUGGCGAGCUUCGCAAGCAGCCGAAAACUUUGUCGUGACGGUGCACAAAGACUUGGGAAAUGAGAACUUCCGAUACCACGCAAGCUUCGAAUUCGAUGGAACGGGGAAGACGUCGUCAAGGUACACUGCCCUUAUUAACGACCUCGAGCCUUGGAAACGUUAUGAGGUAACGCUCCAGGGAUGUUCUCAAAAUGUCUGCAGCGACUCCGUGAGCACGACGUUCGACACUCUACCAGAAGAUUUUCCUAGACCAGCCUUGACCAAAGUUGCAGCAACAAGCAGCAGCUCGUUCGAAGUCGCCUGGACAUUCCCGCAAGAUGACACUCGUCUGUACAAAGGCUUUCAAGUGUUGUACUGUCCUACUAAUCAAGAUAUCUGUACCGUGCUCUACACUACGGAGAACAGCGUGACAGUGUCAGGACUGGCUCCAAACAGCGCCUUCAAUAUCUACGUGCAAGCACAGCUCACGAAUUUUGACGGAAGGCCAAUCUUAGGACCUGCAGCUAAAGCAUCGAUUACUACUUGGAAUAAUCUUCCGAUGCUGCAUACCAAGUAUGCAGCGACCAUACAAGAAAGUAAUGACUGCCUGCUGCAAUGGACUUGCUACAACAGCACCAUCGACUACUUCCAGUACAAGACAAGGACCGAUGACUCCUGGACCACCUGCAAGAACACGGCAGACUGCGAUGUUACAUUUUUCCAUGAACGGAGGGUGACUUCCACGAGUGGAUACAUCCGGUUCGGUCACGAAGCACAAUACGGCUACGGGGAGGUUUUCGUUCGAGGCUGUAAUGGUAACGGCUGUGGACCGGAAUCUUCCACUUAUGUGCCAGCGGUCGUCACAGGUAAAGCUCAGUGGUUUGGUGGUGUUUAGUGCGCACUACCUGGCUCCUUGGCUCCGGAAGUAUUUCAUUUCAUUUUUUUAUUUCUCAGAGACGCCAUUGAAGGGGUAUUACAUAGGGGGUGGGUACAUACAUGAAAAACAAAAGCCACGUUUCAAUACAUCGUAAAGUGAUCUGUUAGAGUGGUCAAAAAUGUGAAAAGACAUGUAAUAGCUUUUAUGUCAUUGGAAAGGCCGUUUCAGUCUGUUCCUGCACGGAAAAAAAA